UGAGAAACGAAAAUGGGCAUGCUAAUUGUUAGCCCCGUGAAAGAGUGUGAAAUUAUCCACAAUAACUGUGUUUUCUGAUCUUGAAGGAGCUAAGCAUUCAACCAAAAACGUUAAGUAAGUAAUUACCUAUGGUCUUUCAAGUUUAAUUAUUUUGAAUCCAGGCAUUAACUCAAGGUAACGUAGCUAAGGUAAGCAUCAAUAGCUACUUUGCUAAAGUUAGGCAACUAGCAUAAGCGACCUAGUCCUUGUUAGCUAACUAGCUUUUUUGAACAAACUAGUUAGUUACCGGUGGUGUCUUAUUUUAUGGUGACCAACCGUUUUUGUUGCAUUUUGUUGUGUGUAAAUGAAAUGUUUAGCUAACUAACUAGUUUAUCUAAAUUGAAACUAGUUGACGUAGUUAACGUUAGCUAGCUACGUUUUCACAAUAACAAGCUGCUUAUUUGUAGCUAGGUGGCUAGCCAGUUAGCUGGGUGGUUUAGUCAGCUAGCUAAGGUUAGCUAGUCAUUUAGGGUUAGCGACAGUCGUCAAUGUCAUCAUGUAGGUAACGUUAGCUAGUCAGUACUUUAACGUUAGCUAGCUGGUCAUUACUGUCUACAACAAAGUACGUUAGCUUUCUGACUGUUGUGAUUAGUGAACUGUAGCUUAGCUGAUGAACGCCUCAAUUUAGUUAGUUCUCUUCGAGGCGGAGUUGAGUAUUGAUAACUUUAGCUAACAACAUUGAGUCACCAUCAGUCGAUACUUGUAAAAAUGUAAAUUCUGAAAACGCUUACAUGUACAUAUGUUUGUCCUGUACAACUGCAGUCCUCCGGCGGGGUGCUGACAUUCAUACUUUUAAUAAAAACUUUGAUCGAAUACAACAAUGGUUCCCAACCUUUUUCGCUUACUGUACCAUCAAGUACAGUUUGCUCUGCCCAGAGUACCCUUUAAGUGUGCGUUUUACCAAUAAGCCUAUGGUCUCAUGAGUCUUAAGUACCCCCAGGGGUACUAGACAAACACUGGAAUACAACCAUUGAUUCUUUCCUAAUUUGUCUUGCUCAACUAGAGACGUAGCGGCCUUGACUCACGUACUACAUAAACUGAUAUUCAAUUGGCAAAAGCGCAUUCCAGGACAAAUUCGGUGGUUGCGUUCGAUAAAAGUUAUUAAAAGUAUGAAUUUCAGCACCCCGCCGAAGGACUGUAGUUGUACAGGACAAACAUAGGUAAAGGUAAGAGUUUUCCAGUCAGACAUUCCUACGUGUCACUUUGCGUUUAUGAAAAUAUAAAUUUCGUAAGGAUGUGGUUGCCUAAGCCUACUGGUGAUGUGAACCACUUCUCCAGUCGUAAUUUAAUAUCUGAUUUUCUGCGCUGUGCAAGACGAAAUGUAGGCCAAUUUCAUAGGCCUAUGUCAACCAAUCAUAUUUCUCUAAUCCUUUCGGGCUAAAUUCGGAGAGGAUAGUUAGGUCUAACUACUUACACAAACCGUGCUUCUAAUGAAGAGCUACAGCCAUAUUAGACUGAAAUGUAUAAGGUAAUUUCGUCAAACGUGUGAGGCUCUCCAUGCUCAUUAGUUGCUUAUUCAACAUAUUUGAAGCUACUUCACUCAGUCCCGUUUUAAUAUUCUCCUUUCCGAACCGUUUUACAUUCCCUGAGACCAACCAGAAAUGUUUCUUUGGCCAAAUAUUCCCAGAUUUUCUUAAAACAGCCACGCUGUUUUGCGCUAGGCCAAAGAGUAGGCUAGGUGAGCUUCAAUUGCUCGUUCAGUGCAGCAGACUGCAGGGGUGUAGUGCUUCCGAAACGCACCACUUCUCACUAUGGUGCUGGUUUAGUAAAGCUGAAUUAGUCUUGGAGGAUAACAUAAUGAUUAAUUAGUAUUCUACAUAACAUAACCAAAUAUUAUACCAUAGAAUAACAUUAUUGUUACACCAAAAACACCACCUCAUGUGGACAAAACUCAACAGUGCCGGCUACUAGGCAGACUGUUAAUUGAUUGCAACAAACUAAUGGAAGCCUAUAUAGUUUAACACCAUCUGCUCUAAUGUACUCACGAAACAGCAAUUCAAGAUGAUCUAAAUCCAUAUUCCCAUGAAACUGAUUGAGAUCAAAUGAUUAGCAUGCAGACACAGUUUUGACAUUUCACUGGUAAAACCUGAAGAAUUAUCAUUCACGAUUGACAGUGAUCAUACCAUGGUCUAUUUUGAAAUUAGGUAUGCCUAACUUGGUGUUUGAAGGUAGCCUAUUAAAAAUAUAAAUUCUGUGCAUAUGCAGGCGUUGCAAUUGAAGGAUGCAUUUUUAUGCAUAUUGUAUAAUUAUAUUCAAUAAGCUACAUUUGUCGGUACAAACUUUGAGAAAUUAUGAUGAAGUCAUUAAAUGUUUUAAUGCUCCCUGGCACCUAAAAAGUUAGCACUACACAUUGGGGGGGGGGGGGGGGGGGUUUAGUCAUUUUAGCAGACGCUCUUAUCCAGAGCGACUUGCAGUUAGUGAGUGCAUACAUCAUUUUUUUUAUUUUUCAUACUGGCCCCCCGUGGGAAAUUUUAAAUGUUGUCACCCUAGUGAAUAGUGUUUUGUCCCUCCUUUUUUUGUAGGAAAGCAUUGGAAGUAUUCAGACGCGACACAGAAGUUGUUGGGAUCGUCCACCCCUAACACAGUGAUGACCUCACAGCAGCAUCCCCUCCCCAAUGCAAACGUCAACCCUCCUCUCCUCGUCCCCCAGAACUCGUCAGCUCACCAGGGUAGGCCUCACAUUCAUCCAAACCAGCUGGACUCUACUCAGAGUAGUGCUGCGGGGCACCUUGCCCCCCACAGAGGUCUGAUGGGUGGUGUGGGGUCCUCGUCGGUGGGGACCUCCAGCGGAGUGGCAGUGAAUAGGGGCACGUUGGCCUCCUGCACUAACUCUGCCUCCUCAAGGAGGCUCUCGUCGGGACGCUUCGAACCCUGGCCCGAGGAGGCCGUAGACAAUGCUUACGGCUUGUACUCGCUGCACCGCAUGUUCGACAUAGUGGGAGCCCAGCUCACGCACCGCGACGUGCGAGUGCUCUCAUUCCUGUUCGUGGACGUCAUCGACGAGUAUGAGCGUGGAGGCAUCAGGAGUGGCCGGGACUUCCUGCUGGCUCUGGAGCGCCAGGGGCGAUGUGAUGAGACCAACUUCAGACACGUCCUGCAGCUGCUCCGCAUCAUCACACGGCAUGACCUGCUCCCCUACGUCACACUCAGGAAGAGACAGACCGGUGAGUGGUGGUUUCCUUAUCAGCCUUUGCCUUUUUCAGACCCCCUGAAAAUGUAUUACAAAUGAAAGAGCAAACGAAAUGUAAUGGUGUCAAGACAGAGAAACUUAGAUUGCCAAUCUGCAAAAUGUUAUGUUGUCAAUCUCCUAAAUGUUAUUCCGAAUCGCCAUCAUCUUGAAAACACACUUUCUAGUCCCUUAGUUAAUAAUUGACAGUUUACAUUAAAUUGAAAUAUUAAGUCACUAACCAAAAGCAUUCAUGUGCUUUGCUUUUCAGUGUGCCCAGACCCAGUGGAUAAGUACCUGGAAGAGACAUCGGUGCGUUAUGUGUCCCCUAGAGGAGGAGAGAGCAGGGAAGCUGCACCCCACAGAAGGACAGGUGAGUCUGUGGCUCUGCAUGUACACAGCUACAUACUUUUGUAUAUAUAGUGUAUGUGGACACCCCUUCAAAUUAGUGGAUUCUGCUAUUUCAGCCACACCCGUUGCUGACAGGUGCAUAAAAUCGAGCACACAGCCAUGCAAUCGCCAUAGACAAACAUUAGCAGUAGAAUGGCCUUACUGAAGAGCUUAGUGACUUUCAACGUGGCACCGUCAUUGGAUGCCACCUUUCCAACAAGUCAGUUCGUCAAAUUUCUGCCCAGCUAGUGCAUCCCCGGUCAAGUGCGGUUAUUGUGAUGUGGAAACGUCCAGGAGCAACAACGGCUCAGCCGCGAAGUGGUAGGCCACACAAGCUCACAGAACGCGUAAAAAUCGUCUAGCUUCUGUUGGAAUACAGUGCCUCUGGAAGCAACGUCAUGAAAUGGGUUUCCAUGGCCGAACAGCCGCACACAAGCCUAAGAACACCAUGCGCAAUGCCGUCGGCUGGAAUGGUGGCUCGCCGCCAUUGGACUCUGGAGCAGUGGAAACGCGUUCUCUGGAGUGACGCUUCACCAUCUGGCAUUCCGACGGACAAAUCUGGGUUUGGCGGAUGCCGGGAGAACGCUACCUGCCUCAAUGCAUAGUGCCAACUGUACAGUUUGGUGGAGGAGGAAUAAUGGUCUGGGGAUGUUUUUCAUGGUUCGGGCAAGGCCCCUUAGUUCCAGUGAAGGGAAAUCUUAACGCUACAGCAUACAAUGACAUUCUAGAUGAUUCUGUGCUUCCAACUUUGUGGCAACAGUUUGGGGAAGGCCCUUUCUGGUUUCAGAAUGACAGUGCCCCCGUGCACAAAGCGAGGUCCAUACAGAAAUGGUUUGUUGAGAUCGGUGUGGAAGAACUUGACUGGCCUGCACAGAACCCUGACCUCAACCCCAUAGAACACCUUUGGGAUGAAUUGGAACACCAACUGCGAGCCAGGCCUAAUCGCCCAACAUCAGUGCACGACCUCACUAAUGCUCUUGUUGCUGAAUGGAAGCAAGUCCCCGCAGCAAUGUUCCAACAUCUAAUGGAAAGCCUUCCCAUAAGAGUGGAGGCUGUUACAACAGCAAAGGGGGGACCAACUCCAUAUUAAUGCCCAUGAUUUUGGAAUGAGAUGUUCGACGAGCAGGUGUCCACAUACUUUUGGUGAUGCAGUGUAUGUGUGUGUGUUGGGGGAAUUAAUAGAGUGACAUAAAUACAUCUGUAAAUGUCUUUGCACUCCCCACCCACUCCACUAACAGGCCCCCAGCCAGUGAUCUGCUGUUCUCCAUCGGGGAACCAGGUGGGCCCUUCCCGCACCAAGCCAGGCCCCCCAUUACCCAGCCGCAAAAGAAAGAGGGCCUACGCCACAGGGGACUGCAGGGAGAAGCAAACCUGUGGUAAGGGCAUUUUGAGUGUUUAUCAUGAAAGCACUAAAAAAAUAAUUCUAAAUUAACUUUAUGCUGUCAGAGGUUGUAUCUGCUUUUCGACAGUUAUUUAAUGACAAUGAAUGACAAAGGAGUUGGCUAAAGCACAUGCAUCUGCAUCCAAAUUAUACAGACGCUGAUUAAAAAUUAAAGAUUGUGGCAUGAUUCAUUGACAGUAUAAUUUCCAUGGCAAUGGACGGCACACCUCUUCCUCUGUGUCACUACUCCCCUUGCUCUUCCCUAUUCACCCCACACCCCGGCAGACAUCCGCCUACGAGUGCGCGCUGAGUACUGCCAGCAUGAAUCAGCGCUUCAGGGAAACGUUUUCUCCAACAAGCAGGAGGCUCUGGAGAGGCAGUUUGAGCGGUUCAACCAGGCAAACACUAUCCUCAAGUCCCGGGACCUGGGCUCCAUCAUCUGCGACAUCAAGUUUUCGGAGCUCACCUACCUAGAUGCUUUCUGGCGGGACUACAUCAACGGCUCCCUGCUGGAGGCCCUGAAGGGCGUCUUCAUCACAGACUCACUCAAACAGGCGGUGGGCCAUGAGGCCAUUAAACUGCUGGUCAAUGUGGAUGAGGAGGACUAUCAGGCCGGCCGCCGCAAGCUGCUCCGGAACCUAGUCACAGGAUUGGGGGCAGGGUCUGCAGCUGGAGCUGCAGCCGCACCCGGAGGGAGCAGAGAGACUCCAUCC